AAAAAGAGGAGAGGCUUGUGGGGAGGCGUGGGGGUUUGUGUGGUGCACCGCGGCCCUGUCCACCACGUUCUCGACGUCGAGCUCGACAUCUGGUAGGGGUUGUAGGGGCCAGUAGAUGAGAGGGGGGCAUAUGGGGUCUGCUGGGGGCGGUGGUAUUCUAGCUUGGCCUGGAAGAUGGAGGAAAUAGGGCUGUCACGUAGACAAACACGUUGGACGCGACGCGUUUGUUGAUAGGGAGAUGGGAGAUCUACCUGAAGAAGCAUGCGGCGCAUCAAGGGGUAGAAGCUUGUCCUAUCACCGGCGGCGUGAGGGCCCCUGAUGCCCCGCAAUCACCUAUCUAGCGCCCACCUCGGUCCCCUUCUCGGCAUAUGGCAGGAAAGAGGGCGCUUGGCUGUUCGGCGACAUCCCCGAGUAAUCCCCACGGUAUAAAUACUGGGCCAAUUCGCGUCUCCAUCUCUCAUUUGCAUCUCAACAAUCUCCUCUCGCUCACCAGCACCCACUCAGCUCAACCUUACCACUACCUACCACCUACCAUCGCCCACGGGCAUCAGCUUAUGUUCUCGAACAGCCUUUGCAGCGCUCACAACUCCCACCGCGGCAUCAAACACACCGCCGCCCCCUCGUUGAAAAGAACUUAAUUCAACCCACCACACCCGUACAAUCAACCAACAUGUCUCCUACUGCUAUCGACGCUCCCACCCACCAUGACUCUUUCACUCUCCCUGCCCAGCAGGACUCCAAGGUUCACCCCUCUGCCCGACGAACUCCUGAAGGCGGCUUGAUCAAGGUCGACAGUGACAGCACUAUCUAUGAGAACGAUGGCAUCAAGGCCAAGUUCACUGACAGGGGUGCUGAAGUCGUCAAGGGUCCUGAUGGCAAGUUGACCGUCAAGAAGACUGCAAAGGAGUUCGAGUUCUUUACCAAAUCCAAGGUCGGCCGUGUCGGGCUCAUGCUCGUCGGUCUCGGCGGCAACAACGGUACCACCGUGCUCGCCACCAAUCUCGCCAACAAGAACAACAUCUCCUGGCAGACCAAGAAUGGCACUCAACACCCCAACUACAUCGGUUCCCUCGUCCGCGCCUCUACUGUCAACCUCGGUAAUGACCCCGAGACUGGCAAGGACGUCUUUGUGCCCAUCUCGGACAUGCUGCCUAUGGUCCACCCCAACGACUUUGUCAUCGGAGGUUGGGAUAUCUCGGCCUUGUCUAUGGAUCAGGCAAUGUUGAGGGCCAAGGUAUUGGAGUGGGACUUGCAGAGGCAGUUGAUCCCUCUUAUGAAGGAUGUCAAGCCCUUGCCUAGUAUCUACUACCCCGACUUUAUCGCUGCCAACCAAGCCGACCGUGCCGACAACCUCAUCCCCGGUGACGACAAGCAAGCCCACCUCGAGCACAUUCGCUCCGAUAUUCGCAAGUUUAAAACCGACAACGACCUCGACUCUGUCGUCGUCCUUUGGACUGCCAACACUGAGCGAUAUGCCGAUAUCAUCCCCGGCGUCAACGACACUACUGACAACUUGCUCAAGGCUGUCAAGGGCUCGCACGAGGAAGUCUCCCCUUCGACCAUCUUCGCUGUGGCUUCCAUUCUCGAGGGUGUGCCGUUCAUCAAUGGGUCGCCUCAGAACACGUUCGUCCCCGGCUGUAUCGAGCUCGCCGAGCAGCACAAGGCUUUCAUCGGUGGAGACGACUUCAAGUCGGGCCAGACCAAGGUCAAGUCUGUCCUCGCCGAGUUCUUGGUCAAUGCUGGUAUCAAGCCGCUUUCCAUCUCGUCCUACAACCACUUGGGUAACAAUGAUGGCAAGAACCUCAGCUCUCAGAGACAGUUCAGGAGCAAGGAGAUCUCCAAGUCGUCUGUUGUGGAUGAUAUGGUCGCUGCCAACCCGGUGCUCUAUAAGACCGCUGCUGACCUCUCCGCCGAGACUGGCGAGGCCGUCAAGAAGGGCGAGCACCCCGACCACAUUGUCGUCAUCAAGCACGUUCCCGCUGUCGGCGAUUCCAAGCGAGCCAUCGACGAGUACUACUCUGAACUUCUCAUGGGCGGUCGAAACAUCAUGAACAUCUUCAACGAGUGCGAAGACUCUCUCCUCGCCACUCCCCUCAUCUUCGACCUCGCCAUCCUCGCCGAGCUCCUCACCCGAAUCUCUUACCGCCAAGUCUCUGCUACCGAGCCCGAAGCCGAGUUCCAGCCUCUGUACAGCGUCCUCUCGCUCUUGUCGUACAUGCUCAAAGCGCCGCUUGUUAAGCCUGGGGAGGACGUUGUCAACUCGCUCAACAGGCAGCGUAACGCCCUCGAACAGUUCUUGAAGGCUUGUCUUGGUCUCGAGCACUCCAACGACUUGUUGUUGAAGACCCGAGUCUGGUAGAUGGCGAACAAGUUGGUGGGAGGGUUGGCAAAUGCUGGAGUACUGCUCUAGAGGAAGUGGUUUAUUUCGCUUGUUUCAUCUUGGAUAGUGGCCUUUAUACUCGUACCAUUUGGAUUGGAAUGAAAACGCGUUAUACGCA